AUGAGUUCCUUAUCCUCUUUCCAUGCAAGAAUAUGUUAUGCCUUAUCCCCAUCUCCCGCCAAGUCCUUUUUCCACCCUUACACCCCUUCUUCCCCUCUCUCCCCCCAACCCCUUCACUUCCCCCCCCCCCCCUCACUCCUCCCCCCCUACACACUCAUCACACAUUCCACUCCAACCCCACAUAUCCCCCUCACUCCCCGCAUUCCCCCCGCUCCCACCACUCCCCUCCCGACACCCAUCAGGUACGUGAUGGACGAGUUUGGCAGUGCCUUCCGUCACAGCGACCGACCCAACUUCCGCUGUGCGCCCUUCCUCUUCUUGUCAGACGACUCCUUCGCCUCUGCUCUCAGCUACUCACUCGUGUGGCCGCUGGCAGCAGUGCAGGCGGGAGAGGGCUACUCGCUGGUGUGGCCGCUGGCAGCAGUGCAGCCAGGGGAGGAGUGCACGAGGGACUAUCUCGCCGGGGUGGGAGAGGAGCAGCAGCGCUCAGCCAAGCUGUCCGUGUGCUUCCACACGCCCUCCUCCUGCUUCCACGAACAAGUGACUUUUGAGUGUAUUGCCUCUCUCUCCUCUCAGCAAGCUUAUGUUACUCCAUGCGAGCAGCAGCGGUCCACCAAACGCCCACACGUCCACAUGCAUUCUAGUCGAUUCAAAGGGCAGCAUGGACCAUCGCACCCCACACCUCAUCGCACCCCACACCUCAUCGCACCCCACACCUCAUCGCACCCCACACCUCAUCUCACCCCACACCUCAUCGCACCCCACACCUCAUCUCACCCCACACCUCAUCUCACCCCACACCUCAUCGCACCCCACACCUCAUUUCACCCCACACCUCAUCUCACCCCACACCUCAUCGCACCCCACACCUCAUCUCACCCCACACCUCAUCGCACCCCACACCUCAUCUCACCCAACACCUCAUCUCACCCCACACAUCAUCUCACCCCACACCUCAUCUCACCCCACACCUCAUCUCACCCCACACCUCAUCUAACCCCACACCUCAUCUCACCCCACACCUCAUCUCACCCCACACCUCAUCUCACCCCACACCUCAUCUCACCCCACACCUCAUCGCACCCCACACCUCAUCUCACCCCACACCUCAUCUCACCCCACACCUCAUCUCACCUCACACCUCAUCUCACCCCACACCUCAUCUCACCCCACACCUCAUCUCACCCCACACCUCAUCGCACCACACAACUCAUCUCACCCCACACCUCAUCUCACCCCUCACCUCAUCUCACCCCACACCUCAUCUCACCCCACACCUCAUCUCACCCCACACCUCAUCUCACCCCACACCUCAUCACACCCCACACCUCUGUCAACGGGAGUUCUCCCGUUCCGCAACCUCAUCUCACCCCACACCUCAUCGCACCCCACACCUCAUCUCACCCCACACCUCAUCUCACCCCACACCUCAUCUCACCCCACACCUCAUCUCACCCCACACCUCAUCUCACUCCACACCUCAUCGCACCCCACACAUCAUCUCACCCUACACCUCAUCUCACCCCACACCUCAUCUCACCCCACACCUCAUCUCACCCCACACCUCAUCUCACCCCACACCUCAUAUCACCCCACACCUCAUCGCACCACACAACUCAUCUCACCCCACACCUCAUCUCACCCCUCACCUCAUCUCACCCCACACCUCAUCUCACCCCACACCUCAUCUCACCCCACACCUCAUCUCACCCCACACCUCAUCACACCCCACACCUCAUCUCACCCCACACCUCAUCGCACCCCACACCUCAUCUUACCCCACACCUCAUCGCACCCCACACCUCAUCUCACCCCACACCUCAUCUCACCCCACACCUCAUCUCACCCCACACCUCAUCUCACCCCACACCUCAUCUCACCCCACACCUCAUCUCACCCCACACCUCAUCACACCCCACACCUCAUCUCACCCCACACCUCAUCUCAUCCCACACCUCAUCUCACCCCACACCUCAUCGCACCCCACACCUCAUCUCACCCCACACCUCAUCUCACCCCACACCUCAUCUCACCCCACACCUCAUCUCACCCCACACCUCUCACCCCACAACUCAUCUCACCCCACACCUCAUCUCACCCCACACCUCAUCUCACCCCACACCUAAUCUCGCCCCACACCGCAUCUCACCCCACACCGCAUCCCACUCCACCCCACUCCACCCCACCCCACCCCACCCCAGGCCUACGAGCGCAGCAGCGGCUGCAAAGCAUGCGGAGGCUACCACUCUCCUUGCUUGUGCUGAGUCCGACAAUAAGGAGGACAAGGAAGAAGGAGGCGAGGCGGGUGGAGCAACAGGCAAACCGGAGAACCCAGAGGAGCCAGGGAAGCCGGAAGCAGGGAAGCGAGUGUAUCGGGUGUUCAGCGAUCUUCCUCACGUACUUGACACACUCUCCCGCCCCGAGUUCACGUUUGUUGACACCCCCAGCGAGGCGGACAUCAUCUGGACGAGCAUGCAGGUGGACGAUGCAUUCAGAGAGGCGGCUGGGCUGAAGAAGAGGCGGGAGAAGGGCGGGCAGGAGCCGUUGGUGAACCAGUUCCCGUUUGAGGCAUGCAUUGUGAUGAAGCACCACCUGGCGAAGACCAUCCAGCAGGCAUACGGCAACACGCACCCCUGGCUGCAGGACACGUACGACAUGCAGUCGGAGCUGGCAGCAUUGAUUGGUUGCUUCCAGCAAAGGGAGGCGGCGGCUGCUGCUACUGCAGGCAGGCGACUCAUUGCCGGCUAUGAGGGCAGUGAAGCGUCUGGGGACAAAGAAGACCCCGAUGUGGACAACACGUGGAUCUUAAAGCCGUGGAAUCUUGCGCGCAGCAUGGAUGCAACGGUGGCGCGCUACCUGGCGCAGAUCGUACGGCUGGCAGAGACCGGCCCUAAAGUGUGUCAGAAGUACAUCUCCCGCCCCGCGCUCUUCCACGGCAGAAAGUUCGACCUGCGCUUCCUGAUGCUGCUCAAGAGGCCGAGACCCCUGGAGGCAUACCUAUCGGACGUGUUCUGGGUGAGUGGUUGGCUGGGAGGAAAGUGA